UAGGGCUCGUUUGACACCGCGGCGCCAUGUGUGGCGGUUAUCAGCCGUAAAAUACGCCUUUGUCUUAGACCUUGAAGAUCAUGCAGUUCGGACAAAGAGACAACUUGCCAAUGAGGCAGAAACACUCCUCUGCCCUGAUAUCAUACCUCAUUGUCGAAUAAAAUAAUUUCACCAAGCAUUUCAAUCUUAUGUUAGAUCAAGUCACUUGAAACCUUUCGAAGUUUCCACUACAGUGCAUUGCAUCAUGUCAACUGGAGCAAGUGGAUGGUUACAGAUGGGCGAGGAAGUUACUACAACCCAAGCACAACCUCCUCCUUUAUCUAAGCAGCUAAUUAAGCCUCUAUCACUCAAAACUAGAAAGCAUGCUGCGCUUAAGGGCAGGCCUAUGGUACCCAUCUCGACAGAGCAAUGGGAGAAUAUUAAUCGAGCGAUUGUGAAGACGGUGGAAUUGAUCCUCACCAAAAACCUAACUCUCAAUAGUUUCGGUCCUGACUACUGGGAGAUGGAUGAAGGCCUCGGGAUAGCUCUUGUAGCAGAGAUCAGACGAGGAAUCAAGGAGAUAUGCACGUUGGGUGACCCUAAGCUUCAAAAGAAGCUUAUGGAAAUGGCCCGUGAUAUAACACACAAGGAAUUCCGGUUUUCAUAUAGGGGCGGGGGAGUCUGGUUCCGCUUCAAGAUGAUCGACCUCCAAAAAGCUGUACAACCCGUUAUUAUCCCGGAGGACGAUGUUUCGCCGAACAGUUCUAAGAUGGUCCACAAGGUUAUUGGAGGAGAAAUAAGUGCUCCGGUUCAAAUGGACGAGCUUCGGAAGUAGAGAAGACUACGUCCUGUAUAAUUGUAUGUUGGAUUGCUCUAGCUUUGGGGCACAGAUGAAUGAAUGUAUGAGCUCUAUCUAACAGUAUCUCGCUAGUCAACACUGGAAAGCUUGCUUGA